UAACUUUUGCAUAAUAAUUAAAAUUUAAUUUUUUUAAAAAAAUAUUAAACUUUAAUUUUUGAAAUAUAAUUAGAUACAAAAUAUCCUUUUGCUUUUCCCAAAGUUAUUUGUAAAACAACUUUUUCUUAACCUUCCUUGGCUGAUGGAAGAGAUUUAAUAGAAAAUAUUAUAAACUCUUAAUGGAGUCCUUCAAUAUUAUUAUAUACAAUCAUAGAAAAAAUACCUGAAUUUUUAGCUUAAAUUUAACCAAAUAUAAAUGAUAGAAAUUACUUAAUUGGAUUAGGGUAAUUUUAUGUAGGUUAAGAAUAUGAUCUUGAAAUGUUUUUAUAAAUAAGUGCUGUAGAUGUAUUUGCUAUAGAAUAAUAAAUUAAUAAUUAAAAAUAUUAUUAGAAAUAUGUAAUAAUAUCUGAAUGUUUUUUUUUAAACUUUGAUAUAAUAAAUAAGAAAACAAAUUUGCUUUAAUUAAAUUAAUUUUUUGAAUUAAAAAAUCUUAUUAAUAUAAAGAAAAAAAAGAAGAUGAUUAACAUUUAACUCUAACAUGGAAAAUUGAUUAAAAUGUAUAUAUAUAAUUUUUUUUAAAUGAAUAAAUAAAAAAAUAAGUCUCCUGAAGUUUAUUAAAAUUUUAAGUUAAAUAAUAUUCAUAAUUUAAUAGAUGUAAUCAUAAAACAUAUGUAAAAUAAUGGUGUAAAAAUAAAAAGCAUAAAAGAAAAUAUCUAUAUUUCUGAAGAUGAAGUAACUGCUAAAUAGUAUUAGAAAACUAAUAUUGAAUAAAUAGAAGAAAAUAUUGCUAUUUAUGAAUCUGAUCUUUAGGAAAAUCUUACAUUAGAUAUAAUUAAUGCUUUAAUGGAAUAAUAUUAAUAAGCUAUUGAAUAUUAUUCAGCUUUAGAAAACGAUAUAUUUAUGAAUUAUGUACAAAGACUUUAAUAAUUAUUAAAUAGGCCUGAUGUUUAACUUGUUUUGAAUAGCAAAUAAGGUUUUUUUUAAUUUUUUUGUUUAAAAAAAAUAAAAUUUUAUUUUUUAUUUUGCAGAAAGUAUUUAAUUGGAGAAAAAAAAAGCUAAAAAUAACAAUAGAAUGAAGAAGAAACAUAAGAAAAUUCUCAUAAAACUCAUGAAGAAGAAGAUAGUAUUUUUAAUGAUUUUAAUAUUUAAAAUAAAAUGGAAGGAACUAAAAAAGUUUCUAAUUUAAAUAAUUAGAAAAUCGAGUAAUAAUAACCAAAUAAUUAAAAGCAUGAAAACACUAAUGAAAAUUAAGAAGAUUUUAAUUAAAAAAACAAAUAAGAAAAUAAAAAUGAUGUAAAAUAAGAAGAAAAAUAAGAUUAAAAAGAAGAAUAAAAAGAAGAAUAAAAAGAAGAAGAAUAAAAAAAAGAAAAACAAGAUUAAAUAGAAGAAAAAUAAGUUUAAAUGGAGCAAAAAUAAGAAUUAAUAGAAGAAAAAUAAGAAUUAAUAGAAGAAAAAUAAGAAUUAAUGGAAGAAAAAUAAGAGUAAAAAAAAUCAAUUUAAGAAAAUCAAUAAGAAAACAAUGAAAAUAAAGAAGAAGAAGAAAAGAAUAUAUUAAAAGAAGAAACAAAUGAAUAACAUUAAUAGUAAGAAAAUAAUAAUUAAAAAGAAAAUUUAUUAUUAUGUAAUAAUUAAGAGUGA